AUGGACCGUGCUCGCCCAGAAGCGGAGGAUCCUUUUGGAGACGGGUUCGUGUUGCUGGAGAACUCACAAUUGUGCUUUAAGGUUUUCGAGGAAGUGAAAACCCCUUAUGAAGCACGUAACACCUGCAACCGACUUGGGGCCAAGUUAAUCGUUGUAGACACGGAGGAGAAAAAUACGGCUGUCAGUGAAUACGUCAAGUCAAAACUAGGUUCAAAUACGUUUCUCAUUGGCUUGACACACAAACAGAACAGGUUUGUCUGGGAAAACGGAAACGAGGCUACUGUCACCCACUGGGACAGUGGGCUGCCACGUGGCGCCAACAGGGACUGUGUGGUGCUGUACACCCACAACGCGUUGUGGUACGACUUCGUCUGUUCAUUCAGAUUCCGUUACAUUUGUGAAAAACAACUCUGCACAUAA